UACUUCUCGGAUUCUUGUUCCAGAUGAAGUAAAGAUGUGAUGUGGUUAAAUGACCAUUGUGUGAACAACGUGAAUUCGCGGCCUCUGGUGCGAGGUGCGUUUACCCAUGAAGCCUUUUGACUUGGGUGGGUGGAUUAUUGUGGAAGCAAAAGCUGCGGAUGCAAAUUUUCUGGAAGACGAUGUAGUGAUUGACGUCGGAAGAGCACGAGGAGUUGACAUCGGAAGCGACGCCACGGCUUCUGAAACAACGACUGAACAAGGUGCGAAUGAUGAUGGUCCGGACAAGCAUGUUUGUCUGGUUUGUGGUAUUAGUUGCCGUAACUCGACCAUUUUGGAGCGUCACCUGUAUACUCACACUGGACUGAAGCCCUUCAAGUGCAAGAACUGUUUGAAAGCUUUUUCGCGUAAAUAUCAUUUGGCUCGUCAUUCGACGCUUGGAAUUUGCAAAUCCAGCACUGUACAGCGAGCUCGUUUUUCCUGCGAGAUAUGUGGAAACAAUUUCACGCGGAAAGAUAACCUGAGGGAACACCUACGUUCGCAUGCUGGACAAAGCAAGCCAAGAAGAACACAAAGCUGUGACAUUUGUGGCCGAAUAAUAGCAGGUUCAGUGACUUGUUUGGAAUUACACCUGCGAACGCACACCGGAGAGAAACCAUUUGGAUGCGAAACUUGCGAGCGUAAAUUUGCGAGUAUGUCGAGUUUGAGGAGCCAUGCGCGAAUACACGUCGAAAGCCGACCAUAUGAAUGCAGUCUCUGCAAACAGGGAUUCAAAACUAAAGGCAUUUUGAAGAGGCACUUGAAAACGCAUGCUGAAAACAAACCGCAUGUUUGUGUGCGUUGUGGGAAGUCUUUCAUUCAAGCGUCUCAAUUGAGAGAGCACCUUUCUCAUCAUACUGGAAAUUUCGAAUACAACUGCGGAUCAUGCAAAGCGAAGUUCAAACGAAAAGUUCGAUUGGAGGAACACGUGAAGUUCGUGCACUUGAAAGUCAAGCCGUUUGAGUGUUCACAGUGUAGGCGACAAUUUUUCUCUGAAUAUCUACUGAAAAAGCAUCUUAUGUAUCAUGAGUCAAUCGCAGCCUACAAGUGUCCGAUCUGCGAGCGAACAUUCACGCUGAAAUGUUCGUUGAUGCGACACGUCCAACUUCGUCAUCCGUCACAAGAGGAAAAAGAUGCCUUAUCGUUCCUUGCUUCCACGGGACACCUCGAAAACGCCGACGAUGAUAACACUGACGAGGAAGACGAAUUGAGGCGCAAAGAAUUACGAGGAUCAAGUAAAGUUGGAUUGCAUCUCACGUCAAGUUCAGAAGAAUUAUCGAAAAAGAAGAUGCCAAUAGUGAUCGGGAAUGCUCAUCGGUUGUCGACAAAGAAAAUAAUUUCUAGUAAUUUUAUGAAAAAUAUUGUCGAUCCUCCGAAAGACGAUCAGUAUUCACCACCGGAUCACGCGUUUCUCAGGGAUGAAUUCGAAACGUUCGACGAAGAAGAUCAGCAGCAAUGUGAUAUGUUGGCGGAUGAUCUGGAAGAAGAUCAGGAGAACGGAGAUUUUAUGAGUACCGAAGAACUAGAAUAUUCAUUAAGUGAGCUAAUAUCCUUGUUGGUCGAGGAAACCAUCUUGGGAGACCUCGGUUGGCCCAAAAACGGAUGUGACGAGUUGCUCCAGUCUGUGAUUCGUCGUUGUGGCCAUUUUCCGGUGACCGAGGAGGUUGUAAAAUCCUUGAGCAUGCGUUUGCGACACAAUGCCACGUUGAUGUUCUCGGCGAUCGUAGACCCAGCUGUGAAGGAUUUACUUACACGGAGAAGCGUGGACGAAGUUAUUUUACACGUUCUUCAGGCCGCGAAAACAUGAAAACUGAACUCGUUCCAUGUGUUCUUCAACCCACGAUUCCGUCGUGGCGGUUUCUAUUCGAACCCGGUUUUUUCUUAUCAUACUUGUGUCAAAGGUGUGAAGCAAAAAAAUAAAAUAAAAUGGUUAAUACUGUAGUAUA